UUGGAGUUAUUUUUGUGUUCAAUCUUGAAUCCAAAUCCACCUGGUGUGUUGAUCCAUGACGUGAUUUGUAGACGCCAUGACACUUUCCUCCAAACUGUCAGUUUGUUGUCUCGACGAGGCGGGUGAAAUAAUGGAAGACUAUGAAAAGUUCAUACAACGCCGACUUUACGAACUGAAAAGGAAGGAUAGCAACGACAACAACAAGAACCAACGCCGGACACUGGAAUCACCAUGUACUCGCCACGGAUCAUCAGCUAUCCGUUUCCAUGGCUCACCCAUCCUUCCUCCAUUGCUCACAGGAGUGCAAAGAGAAGAGAUGCAGAGACACAGAGAGGCAGCCAAGAGGACCAUGGAUAGGAGGAAGACUCGGCCAUCUGAGACGAGGAUGUCCUACGUUCAGAACAUUCUACACAGUGUUCAGCUGAGGCAAGCACCAACACUGGAGGAGUUCUUUCAGGGUGAACCAGGACUAACGGCAGCCAACACCACCAACCUACACCACAGCAAUGUCCGCCAGGUUCUAGCGUCGCAGGAUGAUGAUGUCACCGAGACCAAGGACAGCUUGCCGGGGUCGUCCUCCCCACCAACCUUAACUGUCAUGCAUGAUGGGAAAGCAGGCGUCCGAGGUCCUCCCAUGACGUUGACAGCCUACGGCGCCUUCACAACAAAUCACCUUACAACUCUCCAUAACACCACCACUGUGAGGGAGACCUUCCUAGAUAAGCUGGUCUGUGACCCAAUGACACCUUCUCUAGCUAGAGAGACAACCACACACACCAACCAGGUUGUUCCACAAACAGAGACCCGGACCAGGGAGAGACCAGGAUGUGACCAGGAUAAGACCACCAAUGCUGAGUGUGUUCUGGAGGAGGACCUGGGUUCAGGAGGAGCAACGGGGGAUCCUCUAGCUGACAUCAGCCACCAGUCUUCUGGGUACGUGACGUGUGAAAACGCGGAGGCCACCUGGGUCCUGAGUCGGACUGAGGCUGGGGAGAGCAUUUUGUCAGGGCCUGAGGAGGGGACACCAGUAGGAAUGGGGGGGGUUCUCCUACACAGCACCUCGGAUACAAACACAACCAAGGCAUGUAAUAUCAUCAGCCAUCCUCCCGUUGAUGCUGAAGAUCUGGAGGAGGGGUCGUCCCCGUGUGACGAUGACCUCAUAACCGGUCGCCCCGCAGAUGAGGCGAGCGUGACGUCGUCCUGGUGUAAUGACGUCAUACCAGACUAUUUAGAGGAAGCGUUGGUUACGUGGCCUCUACAGAGCAGCGAUAUCACACCUCCUGUAGAAGACCGCAGAGCAAGUCACCCAGGAAAGAAGUGUAGCACUGCUAAUAUUGUGACUUUCCCCCAGCAUCAAGCCUCAUUAUCACUAUCAGACCUUCCUGAACCCAAGAUUGUAGUGACAUGUCCUCAGGCUGAGGCCUCGACACCGGACCUCUGCAAACCAGAUCAGAACCAGAUCCAGGCGUCAGACUUAGACCUGGACCGACCGCAGGGACCAUACCGGCUCAGCCUCCAGACUCUUCUAAAGAAAUCCCAGGCCGCUUUGGAACGCCCCAAACCAGGCAGGAACCAGCCAGGAUCAGAACCAAAGAGCCAGGCUGGAGAUGUAGACUUGGACCCGGAACCAGAGGCAGGGCCGUACCGCCUCAGCCUCCAGACCCUGCUGAAGAAGUCCCAGGAGCACCGGAGACGCCAGCGUCAGCUGAAGAACCAGGCCAAGGCCUCUACUUGUCCUACCAGGACCCAGGAGGCCUCGACACACCAGAAGAUGGAGGAGGAGAUGAGUUUCUCAGACAAGGAGAAUGAGGAGUUCCUCCAGUCAGGGAGAGGGGUGGCGGAGGGAAGGAAAACCCGGGACAGGGAUUUGAGAAAGGAUCAUCUGGGAAUGGGAGUCCAGUUUUCCGGACCGCCACCACUAGAGAUAUUCCCUAAGGAAGCGUGGGUUCAACGUGAGGAGGAGAAGGCGAGGUCUAGCAUUGUGGAAAGAAUGGGACUCGAAAAAGGAUGUCGUGAAGGAAUAUUGAAGGAAUUGGAGGCUGGAAAUGGCCCUUCACAUUUGGUUGGUCUAGAAGAAGACACCCAAUCUCCUCCAGGAGUGGACAUUGAUGCUAGCUCGGCAGUCGAAGACAUCCAGCUACACCUCUCACCAGACAUCCAGCUACACCUCUCACCAGACAUCCAGCUACACCUCUCACCAGACGUCACAGCAGCACCGUCAACGCUAAUGGAGAACCUUCCACAUCCUAUCUCAGCCGAUGCCUCCAUAACCCAGAAAUCAUUCUACCUAGUAUGGGAGAAGAGCUCUACCCUGCCGAGGCCUUCCUCUCUGGGGGGUAGUAGGUUCCAGACCGUCCCUACCCCCGAGUUUAGUAUGAGCCCUAUCCGCUGUAAGAGUAAAGGAGACAGUGGGGGAGGAGGGCGUGGCACCCCCAAGAGGCAGAUCCUGGUAAACACACCUUUGAAUGUAGACAAUGAGGUGGGGUCGGUGACUGGGCAGGAAAAUGAUGCUUGGGACCAAAGGCAUCUGCAUAGAGCGCCCCUAGUGGCUGGGGGUUGUACAACACCUAUGCGUAGGAGCUCAGACCAGGCAGAACAGAUAGCUCAGCUGGAGCUCAACCUGUCCAGCCUCAAAAUACUGAUCUCAGACCUGGAGUCCACACUAACAGAGACACCAGAGAGCCACCAGACACACAACAACAGCCAGACUGAUAAUAAUAGUAACCUUACCAUGGAGCCACCACAUAAAUACAUGGACUACCAUACACCUGAGAGUCAGGCAGAGAGUAACCUUACUGACAGUGAGAAAGGAAGAGGGGAUGGAGGUCAGAGGUCAGCUGAUAAGAUGACGGUGGUCCCCUGUAGAGUCCAGGGGUGUGACAGCGUACCUCCAUUGGUCAAGGAGGUGGAGAUCACUGUUACAACAGGUUACAAAAAACAAGAUGGUCGCCAGCAGCAGCCUCUUGCAGCGCGCCUCGUCACCUCCCUCACUCAGAAGAGGAGAGUUUCUGACGUGUUCCGGAAGGUUCCAUAUGAUGUCAUCAAAGUUCCGUCGGAAGUCAUCAAGGUUCCGUCGGAAGUCAUCAAGGUUCGGAAUGACGUCGUCAAGAUUCCAGCAUCACACAAAACACCUUUCUCCGUCCUCUCAGACGCCAGUAACAACCAGCACCAGCCAAUGGAGUGGAAGAGUUACCCGGAAGACCCCGCCCACUUCCAAUCCAUCAACCAAUCGUAUGACGUGGACACACCCUCAGGGCUCUGGCUCCAGGGAGGGUCAGGGUCAGAGGGGUCGUUGAAAGGUCAUGACCCCGCGGGGAAGCAGCUGACCCCUGAGAACGGAGGUGGUGGUCAGGGAGGGGCGUCAAGGGCCAAACGUAGACUGGUCAUGCACACGACAGAGGGGAACAGGGGAGGAGGACGAAGAGAGGUGAUGGACAGGCCUCACUCCAGUACUCCUGAAGCUGCGGUGCGGUCACACAGUCAGGAGAGCCAGCAGCUGAAGCAGCUCCAGCUGACCCAUGCAGGCCAGGUCAGAGCCCUGAAGGAGGAGCAGAGGAGACAGCAGCAACAACUACUGCAGAUGCUGGCCGUACGUUACCAGCUGCUCCAGAGUUUGUCCUUCCCUGUGUCCUCCUGCCCCACAUCCAGUGCAUGUCUAGGGGACAACACAACCUCCCUCCUCCCCCUCUCUUCCAUCCCCCUCUCCAUCCCUCUAUUCUCCCCCUCAGCAGGAUCCUUCCUUUCAGACCCAGACUCCCCCUCACGGUCUCCCAGGUGUCUGUCUGUGUGUUAUGGUCCCCUGGUGGCAGCAGCAGUGAAGGGAUACCUAACCAGGAGGCUCCUACACACAGAGAGAGUGGGACAGCUGCUAUGUACCAUCAAGGACACGCAGCAGUUCCUACAGUCCUUCCAGCCCCAGAGCCCUGGGAGAGACAGCAGGCAAGACCUGGUGCUGCAGGAGAGAGUCACACUGCAGCUCCGCUCGGCGCGUUAUGAGGUCCAGGACAUCUUCUGUCUGUCAGCAGGAGACAGGAUGCAGAUCAUCAGCUGGGACAGACAGCUGGCCAGGGACAGAGAGAUGAGACGCAAGACUGGGGAAACGGGGUCGACCAGGGGGAAGACUUCUCUGUCAGCUGCUACACAGAAAGCCCUGGAGAGGAAGAGAGGAGUCAUGAUGAGGAAAGCGGCAGAGGGGCAGAGGGGGACUGGAGCUGGGGUUGUAGCUGGCCAGAAGGGCCCUCUGGCUGGGGCAGAGAGGCAGAGGGGGACUGGAGCUGGGGUUGUAGCUGGCCAGAAGGGCCCUCUGGCUGGGGCAGAGGGGACUGGAGCUGGGGUUGUAGCUGGUCAGAAGGGCCCUCUGGCUGGGGCAGAGGGGAACGUCAUCAAGCGGAUACGUGGGUCUUUUCGACCCAACCCUCAAAGGGUCCCCAAGACCACCCAGUCCCGCAGAUCUCGGUGAAGAUGAUCUACUUAUCAGGCUAGACUGGACCGGAACUGGGUCGUGUUCAUUUUGGCACAGUGUUGUAGCAAAACGUUUUGCACAGGAGAACGAAAACGAGUGUUUCUUAUUGGACAAGUUCAGGGUCAUAUUCAUUAGUGGAAAUGUUUUGGAAAACGAAAACAAGCGUUUCUUAUUGGACAAGUUCAGGUAGUCCCUCCCUUGACCCAGGUAAUGAAUACUGUUGAUACCUAAAAAGAUAUACACACACAAUCCAUCUCACUUAACCCUAAAACAAUACGCCCCUAUGGGCCCUGGUCAAAAGUAGUGCACUACAAAGGGUUGCCAUUUGGGACGCUUCCAUAGUGUUUCUUGCUAACCAGUGGACAUCUGGAAAGUAUUGUAUUUUAACUUGAUUGUAUUCUACAAAGGCACAACUCACUGCAUUCAAAUGCAUCUUAGCUACUACAUACUGUAUGUGACAAUCUAUUCUUACCACAAGACCUCAGGACUUGUUUUUGGACACACUGUUUGUAAUAUGUUAGUUUUACACAUGUUAUACUAUUUAUAUUUCCUAUACCAAUUUGUGGUACGGUAUUGGGAUGGCAAUGCAACCAAAGCCUAGAAAACCCAAGUCUAUAUUUGAAGGUCUGUUCUGAGUGUUCAUCUUUCCUACUGUUUUUGUUCUAAAUUAUUUAGAAGUGUUUUUUAAUAAAGUUUUUUUUUAAUAAAAAA